AUUCUAAAGUUCAUCUUUCCAAUAUAUCUGCUGGUCAUAAAAACAGAUGACUGCAUUUAUAACUGUCAAUGAUUAACUAGUAAAAGAGAUUAGAAGGAUUGAAAGCGAAUUCUGACAUUGUUGAAGAGAGCCUCGACACCAGUACACUGCGGGAGAUCUCCAGCAACGCACAGUUAGAGGACCGUAAGAGGCAAACCGAGGGGAAGUAAAGGUGAGCUGCUUCUUGAGGUUUCCUGAGCUGCCAUGUGUGUUCAGAGACUUUCAGAGAUCCUGUGUCUCUGAGCUGCAAACACAGCUUCUGUUCGAGCUGCCUGCAGACAUUCUGGGAACAAAAUAGGCCUACCUGGACAAAGUCAUCGUCCUGAACUGAAUACCAAAGUACAUUUCCCUCUGAAAGACAUCCUGACUCCAUCUGCUGGUGAAUAAAUGACAUAGCAGCAUUUCCUGAUGUUGAUCAUUCACCCUGUGACGGAGGGCAGAGAAAACGAAAGAGGAUUUUGACAUUGUUGAAGAGCUGAGACGCCAUUACAGGGUGUGAGAUCUCUGCUGCGAGACACGUUUGGAGUAUAUUUGGGGAGAAGUGGAGAGACAUUGGAAGUUGGUGAGUCUUUAAUAUCAAAUGGCUGAGAAAACCGUUCUUGUUGAGAGUUUCCUGAGCUGCCAUGUGUGCUCAGAGACUUUCAGAGAUCCCGUGUCUCUGGGCUGCAACCACAGCUUCUGUUCGAGCUGCCUGCAGACAUUCUGGGAACAAAGUAAGAACAAAAACUGUCCCAUUUGUAAAAGAAAAUCUUCUAAAGAUUAUCCCAUAGUGAACUUUACAAUGAAGGAGCUGGCUGACUCCUUUGCUGAGAGACAGAAAGCUGGAUCAUCUGAGACAGAGACAAGAGAGAAGGAGGUGGAGGUGGUGUGUAGUAAACAUCCAGAAGAGCCUAGAUUGUUCUGUAAGGAUGAAGAGAGAGCUGUGUGUCCUGUCUGUGAGUUUUCUCUCCACCAGGGUCACAAGGUGGUUCCUGUAGAACAAGCAGUCAGUGAGCUGAAGGACCUGCUGAAAUCUGACUUAGAGUCUCUGCAGGACAAGAGGGACACAUACAAAGGAGUGGAGGAAACAUACAAGGAAGUGAUUCAAGUGUCCGAGAAGCAGCUGCUGUCCACAGAGAGGCAGAUCAGAGCAGAGUUCAUCAAGCUCCACCAGUUCCUGAAAGAGGAAGAGGAGUCCAGACUGGCAGCUCUGAGGGAGGAAGAGGAGCUGAAGGGGAAGACUAUCAGCAGAGAGAUGAAGAGCAUUCAGGAGCACAUCUCCUCUCUGUCACACAGUAUCUCUGCUGUUGAAGAAGAGCUGCAGAAACACAACGGGCCCUUCCUCAGCAGUUAUAAAGCCACUCAGAGCAGAGCCAGAGUCCAGAGCGCACUGUCAGACCCACAGCUGCUCUCAGGAGCGCUGACAGAUGUGGCCAAACACCUGGGCAACCUGUCCUUCAGAGUCUGGGAGAAGAUGAAGGACCAGGUCCACUUCAGUCCUGUCAUUCUGGACCCAAACACUGCAAGCAGCUGGCUCUCUCUGUCUGAUGAUCUGACCAGUGUGAGACAUGGAGACAAAUAUCAGCAGCUUCCUGGUAAUCCAGAGAGAUUCACUAAGUAUCCUAAUGUUCUGGGCUCUGAGGGCUUCAGCUCAGGGAGACACAGCUGGGAGGUGGAGGUGGGAGAUCAUCCUGCCUGGAUUAUAGGUUUGACUAAAGAGUCAGCUGACAGGAAGGGAGAGUUGACGGCCUCACCAGAAUAUGGAAUCUGGUGUUUAAAACAUCUCAGUGGAAAAUACAGUAAUGGUGGUGGUGAGACUGUCAGAGUGGAGAAGAAUCUCCAGAGGAUCAGAGUCCAGCUGGACUAUGACAGGGGGGAGGUGUCCUUCUACGCCCCUGAACACAUGACUCCCAUCUGCACUCUCACAGACACUUUCACUGAGAAACUCUUCCCAUAUUUCAGUAUUGGAAAAGCUGGUGAUGCUAAAACUGCUGAUAUCAAAAUCUGUCAAAGUGAGAUUCCUCUGUGAUGCUCAGGAGUGUUAGUUCAGACUUUAUUCUGACUUCGUCUGUCCAGAUCCUUUUGAUAUAAUCAAGGUAAAAAACAACAGAUGAUAAUCAGAAUUUAAUUUGAGUCUGUAAGAUUUUAAAUGUUAAGAAGAUUUGAUCAUGUUUUAUUUACAGAGUUUUACACGUUUUACUCAAAGUCUCAGUGCAGCAAAACCAAUUAUAUGUUUAUCUGUAUAGUUUAUCAUUUUGUUAUACUUUAUUAUAAUGUGUUUAUAGCUUUUAAAGUCAUGGGAUUGCUUAAUUAUGUUUUUUGUGAAUUCUUGGUUUUUAAGAAAUGUGUUCAAGUCAUACAAAAGCUGUCAAUUCUCCUUUUAUCAACAUCUAGUUAAUAAUGAGACGCUAUAUAGCACUAUGGGUCAUGAGUUUAACUUUUUGAUAUUUGUAGGUAUUUUGAUGAAUUAUGUGUAGAUAUGGAUAUAUUGUUUUACUCUCCACGGGCAAGUCAUUUAAUACUUCUAUUUCAUUCUUUCAUUGUUACAACGUUUCUUUGUGACACUUUCCGUACUGUAUGUAUGGACAAUAACAUUUAUUGUGAUUGAAAAAUGAAAAAAAAAUGUAUCAACCUGAAAGGAAUCACAGCUGUAGAAUGAAGUUGAGUAUUUGUAAUGCCGCUUCAGAUAUCUUAUGAUUAAAUAACCAGCAGUUCGAUGCAGAAAUGCGUCUCUGAACUUGAUAUUGAUUUCUUCAGGUGAUUCUGUCAUAUGUGACAAAUUACAAAUAUAAAUGACAAAAGACAAUUGUACAACAA